UUCUGCUCUUGUGUUUUGUGGUUGGAUUGAGUUAAUUGAACAGGUGGUUCCAUCAUAAACUAAGCAAAAGUAAGCCUUAGUUCCAAUUACAUUGCAUUAACUUCAUAGACGCUUUUGCACUGUAAUCCUUCUGAUAAGUAAUAUCAUUGUGUUUGUUGGAACUUGAAAAUGGCAAUUUAGAUUUCUUUAUUAUAGUCCUCUAUUUGCUAGUGUAGCUUCUUUUAAGACUUGUCUUUCUUUAUUCAAGGGAUAUAAAAUGUGCCAAUAUAUUGGUGGAUGCAAGUGGAUCUGUAAAACUUGCAGAUUUCGGACUGGCAAAGGCAACUAAAAUGAAUGACGUUAAAUCCUGCAAAGGGACUCCAUUCUGGAUGGCCCCUGAGGUUGUGAACUUAAAGAACCGUGGGUAUGGACUAGCAGCUGAUAUAUGGAGCCUCGGAUCCACGGUGCUGGAGAUGUUAACCCGUCAACCUCCAUACUCCAACUUGGAAGGCAUGCAAGCGUUAUUUAGGAUAGGCAGGGGUGUACCCCCUGAAGUACCUAUCUCACUAUCCAAAGAUGCCCGAGAUUUUAUCCUAAAAUGCUUACAAGUUAACCCAAAUGAGCGCCCUACUGCUGCACAAUUAUUGGACCAUCCAUUUUUGAAGAGGCCACUGCAAACUUCCCGGGGUCCUGCUUCUCCUCAUUAUAACAGCAGGCAGUCUUGAA